AUGCAAUCAUACAAAGCAAUAAUUUUUGAUAUUGGAGGAGUAUGCGUUGGUUCGCCUUUUCAAGGAAUUGCUAAAUAUGAAAGACAAUUUAACUUGCCGAAGAAUUAUAUUAAUGUAGCAAUUGAAAAGAGUGGAGAAAAUGGUGCAUUUCAACGUUUGGAACGCGGUGAAUUAUCUAUUCCAGAAUUCUAUAAAAUUUUUGGUGUAGAAUUGUCGGAUCCUAUAAAUAAAGGAUACUAUCUCCAAUACUUACGAUCGCGUAAAACUUCAAACAUCCCAUCUCUUCCUGAUAAAAUUACAAUUGAUGGCAAAAAACUGUUUCGUAUGAUGAUGUCAGAAGCCGCAAAAAUUAAUCCUGUUGUCUAUAAUGCCAUUAAAAAACUUCGUGUAAAUAAAUUUAAAAUUGCUGCUUUAACUAAUAAUUUUCAGUUGCCAAUUCAAGACCAGGAGGAAAUCGAAAUAUUAGGGGGAAGCCCUCCAAUAGAAUUUAAGAAAUUAUUCGACGAAUAUAUUGAAUCAAGUGUCAUUGGAUUACGGAAGCCUGAUCCAAAAAUCUUUUUAUAUGCCUGUGAAAAGUUAGGUGUCAAGCCUAACGAAGUUAUAUUUCUUGAUGAUAUUGGAACGAACUUGAAAGCAGCAAGGGACUUGGGAAUGAAAACUAUAAAAGUAAAUCUGGGAAAAUCUGAUGAUGCAAUAAAAGAAUUGGAAGAUUUAGUAGGAAUUCCUCUCCUAGAUAAUUCAAAGUCGAAUUCAGCUAAGCUCUAA